UAUCAGGAGGCUGUUGCGUGCGCGUCCCCGCCGCCGCAGACGUGAGCACGUACGUACUGUCAGUAGGAAAUGCGGGCGGUGGGUGAAGGAUGUGUCCGCACCGCUGAGCUCGGAUGAAUUAAACAAAGGCAGACAUUUUGGGGAUAUAAAGUACCAGUGAGCGGUCUGCUCGAUUGGAAUGGUUGCAAAUGCAGCGUGUCUGGAAGAAGUAGAGGAGACGUCCGGCUACCAACUAUGCUAACACGUAGAGUAGAGGCUAACCUAGCCUAGCUAGCUAGCUAGCUAGCUACUAGCCUAGCUGGCUGAGCGCACCAUCCGCAGGACGUCAGCGCGUCCACAUCCUCUCCGUGCUCGGCGGUGCCUGCUCCGGCGUCGCCUCCCUGCUCUUCUCCUCUCCGCCGCGGUAGUUGGCGGAGCCGUAGCUGUGGCGGGCCAACGCGCGGACCCCGGACGGAUUCAAGUGACAUCACCGGGAGUGGGAGAGCUCUCAUUGGAUCAUGGCCGAACUUUCAACCUUAUCUCCGUCGCCGCCCGCAUUGGGCGACUCCCACAUCGCUCCCUCAGUUCCCUCGCCCUCGCCGGUGACCCUCUCACCGCCCGCACCGGUGUCUUUGACUGGAAAUACCCCUGCAGCGCAGCUAGAGGGCAUUACUUCUGUGCCGCAGCCACCUCAGAGUCCUUCAAAGGUGGUUGUGGAGACCGCCGUGUGUGCCCCCCAUGUGGAUCAGGGGGAGAUGCCACAGAAGGAGGUCGAGGAGGCAACAAAGACCGGAGCUCAUGUUGAGCAUCAGCAACGUCUCUCCGAUGAAGUACCAGUUGCAGCCUCACAAGAGGAACCCUCCAGUGAACCGGCACCUCCAAGGGAGGUACAAGAAGUGUCCCCCUCCCCUGACCUCACCCCCGGCCCAAAUCUUUACCCCAGUGUGCACGUCGCCCUCAAUCCACACCCCGAUGUGGAUGACGCCACCCAACCCGCAGGCACUGGCACCACAGCGCCCGAGGAGGAGAAACCUCAGCAAGAACGCGCCCCCAGAAGUCCACCUCCACCUGUCUCCCCCAAGCCUCAGAGUCCCAUUAAAGCACUGCCGCCAUGCAGCCCCAUCCCCAGGGCCGGGCACCCCAGCCCCACGGUGCCGCUCAUCCAAGAGCCGCCCCCGUGCCUCCCACUGGCCACAUCACGUCCGGCCCCCGACACACUCAGCUAUCUAGAAUCGGCCAGCCUGAUGUCGGGCACGCUGGAGUCCCUGUCUGGCCUGGGGGAGGACGGAAGCUCGGUGGGGUCGGACUCGGAAAUCAACGGCUUGGCGGUCAAGCGCACUGACAAGUACGGAUUUUUGGGUGGCAAUCAGUACAGUGACGGCAGUGACAAGGAAGUUCGAGUGGAAGUGUCCCGGCAGAGGGAGAUGAAGUGGCUGGAAAUGUUCAACAACUGGGAUAAGUGGGUCAAACAUCGCUUCCAGAAGGUGAAGAUGCGUUGCAGGAAAGGGAUUCCGUCGUCUCUGCGGGCCAAAGCCUGGCAGCUGCUGUCCAACAGCCAGGAGCUGCUCGAGGCCAACAGCGGCAAGUUUGAGGAGCUGGAGAGGGAGCCGGGAGAAGCCAAGUGGCUGGACAUCAUCGAGAAGGAUCUCCACAGGCAGUUCCCCUUCCACGAGAUGUUUGCCGCACGUGGGGGCCAUGGGCAACAGGAUCUAUACCGGAUCCUCAAGGCCUACACCAUCUACAGACCUGAUGAGGGCUACUGCCAGGCCCAGGCUCCUGUGGCUGCCGUGCUCCUCAUGCACAUGCCCGCUGAGCAAGCCUUCUGGUGCCUGGUCCAGAUAUGCGAGAAGUUCCUUCCGGGUUACUACAGCGCCGGGCUGGAGGCCAUCCAGCUGGACGGCGAGAUCUUCUUCUCUCUGCUGCGCCGCACGUGUCCCAUGGCCUACCGCCACCUCAAGAAGUUCAAGAUCGACCCCAUCCUCUACAUGACUGAGUGGUUCAUGUGUAUCUUCUCGCGUACUCUGCCGUGGGCGUGUGUGCUGCGCGUGUGGGACAUGUUCUUCUGUGAAGGCGUGAAGAUCGUGUUCCGCGUGGGCUUGGUGCUUCUCAAACAGAUGCUGGGCUCCGUGGAUAAACUGCGGGAGCUCCAGGGCAUGUACGAGACCAUGGAACGUCUGAGGAGCAUCUCCCCCGACACAAUCAGGGAGGACAGUCUGGUGCAGGAGGUGAUUCUCCUGCAGGUCACGGAGGGGCUGAUCGAGCGGGAGUGCACCAUCCAGGUGAGGAAGUGGAGGGAAUCCAGAGGGGAGCUGACCCACCAGCCGGGGCGCCGCCUCCACGGGACCAGAGCCAUCUUUGAGCACAAACGCCGCGCCGCCUCCAUCAGCUCCGGCGGGAGCUUCUCCUUCCUGGGCAGCUCCGUUCCUCCACCAGGACCUCUCCGGGCCUCCUCGUCUUUACUCUCGCUCCCCGGCUUCCGAAAGUCCAAGGCCCCGUUCCACUCGCAAGCCAAGAAAGGCUCCUUCUCCGGUCCGUCUGGUUCUGAAGGGAUGCGUCCUCAGUCGCCGCCCGCGGUCGCCUCCAGCAAACCGCCCAUUCCUCCCGGGGUGGGACAGAGGGCGCCCCAGGUCCAGAGCCCCUUAGUCGGAAGCGGCACACCUCCUCGCGGACCCUCUCCGGCCUCGGGGGCGCCACCUCCGAGUCAAAGCACACCCCCGCCCAACACUCUGUCUCCGUCCCCGAGGAUCGUCUCUGAGCAGAUCACGCCCGCUAUCCCCUCCCCCACCGCCAACAACGCUCCUCUGCCGCCUUGCGUGGACGCCAAGAAGGAAGCGGCCGAGGCCACACCGACGCCGCCACCGCCCGUCGGGGAAGACGGACGCAAGAAGAAGAAGAGCAAAGAGGACAAGAAGAAGGAGCGGGAGGAUGAGAAGAAGAAGCUGAAGGAGAAGAAGGAGCGGGAAAAGGCCGAGAAGGAGCGGCUGAAGAAGGAGAAGGAGCGUCAGGAGAAGGAGAAGAAGAAAGGGGGCAAGAAAAAGGACAAGGGGGGGGCGCCGGCCGAGGACAAAAACGGAGCGGCGGCGGCGAGAGAUUCGGCCUAGUUUGACCAUCAAAAGAAAAAGAG